UUUUCCAAUCAUUUCACUGAAAUCGCUCUCUAGUCCCUCUCUUCACGUUUUCCAACCCGCCGAAUCGCACGUGCCACUACCCCCUCUCUCUCCUCUUUCUCUCUCUACAACUUUUUUCUCUCUCAUGACGACACACUGCAACCUGUAACAAACCCUAACCAUCCGAAAUCAAAGCAAUGGAGAACUAUUCGAACUCUUCCUAUCCAGAUUCCGGCAACUCCUCGCCGCAAUCGCGAGAGAGUGAAAACGCUUUGUGGGAAGAGCCUCUUUCGACCAACUACAAGGUCAAGUUCAUGUGCAGUUACGGCGGCAAAAUUCACCCUAGAUCGCACGACAAUCAACUCACAUACGUCGGCGGCGACACCAAGAUCUUGGCCGUCGAUCGGAGCAUCAGAUUCUCGGCUUUCAUGGCCAAACUCUCAUCUCUUUGUGCGGACCCGGAGGUGUGUUGCAAGUAUCAGUUACCGGAAGAAGAUCUGGACGCUCUGAUCUCGGUAACCAACGACGAGGAUCUCGAGCACAUGAUGUUGGAGUUCGACCGGUUGUACCGUGUGUCGGCCAAACCGGCGAGACUGAGACUUUUUCUGUUCCCUCUGAACCUUCCGGCGAGUUUUGGGACGAACGAGACGAAAUCGGAGAAGCAGUGGUUCGUUGACGCUUUGAAUUCUGCGGUGCAGAUCCAGUCCCUACAAGGUUCUGCGCCGCCGCCUGCGGAGGUGAAUCCGGACUUCUUGUUCGGUUUGGAUAAAGGACACGCGCCGCCGGAAGCGGCGGCAAAGCUGCGAGAUCCGACACCGCCGCCGACAGUUCCGGAGGUAUUUACGAGGGAAAUUCAUGCGGGAUCGGACAGUGGUUCGGAGGACCGGCACGUCAUCGGCGAUCCGGUGGUUUCGCCGUUGGAGAUCCAGAGGCAGAUGCAAGAUUUGCAGAGACUGCAUAUCUCUGGCCAUGAACAAUCUGUGUUUCACAAAAAAAGCGACGAAACGAACCCUGGGAAUUAUACCGGAGCGUAUUACGCACAGCAAAUUCCAGAAAAGCUUCCACCGCCGCCUCAGACGGCGGUUCCGGCAGCGUACAUGACUGCCGGAGGUUACACGGUGGCGGCGCCUUCGCCGCUAUCAGGACCUGAAUCGCCGGUGUACCUCAUUCAGACGCCUGCUGGAGUGUAUCAGGCUUCGGGAUUGCCACCGGUGACUGGCCAAGUGGGUCAGGGUUACUACGGAAUGCAGAGGGUAAUGCCGGAGGUUUACCGGGAGCAGCCGGUGUACAGUACGGUCCCACCGCAGCAAUCAAUUCAGCAGCAGCCAAAGUAUGGAGCCUACACUGAAGCCGUCGGAAUGGUACCUCAACCUGCAGGCGGAGGCGUUGGGGUUGCUGCUGGAGCCUACACUGAAGCGGUCGGAAUGGUACCUCAACCUCCAGGGGGAGGCGUUGGGGUUGCUGCUCAGCCUAUGUAUGCGCAGGUUGGCUACGACGGCGCUGGGCGGCAGGUUUACUACACCACCACCGCAAGAGGCGUAGUGCCACCGUAUCAGCCGGUGACGGCGACUGCUGUGGCGGUUGAUGUGAGGCAAACCGGUGGCGCGUUGAACCAAGAAGGUAAGGUGGUUGCAAAAGCUCCCCAGAGUUCUUCAAUGUGAUUUUCAUGUUAUUUUAAUUUUAAUUAUUCUUUUUUUUUUUAAUUUUUUUUUUUAUAAAUAAAUUUAUUAGUUUAUCCUUUUGUGGGGUUUGUUUUUGUUGCUAUGUCCAUGUAACCAGGUUUGUUUUUGUGUGUAUAAAUGAUGAGAACGGAACAUUGUUGUGUCAUGCGUGCGUAAAUUUUAUACUAAUUCUCUGAAUAGUUUUAUUGUUCA